GCUCUCCAAACUCCUACGCCGACUCACCUCCAUAGUCCGACGACUCACAGUGCUUUACCGUCUAUAAAGAAGCAGCCUCAAAUCAGUUCCCCCCACUUCGAUUUUUCUCUGGAACUAGUGGGUUCAGGGAUUUUGAUUAGUUGUUAUAGGGAUCAAACAUUCACAAUUUUUUGUCAGUUGAAUAAAUCCAUCCUAAUUUCUCUUCUGCCGGAGCUCAAUUGGAUUUUAUUCUGUUUCUUUACAUUGGGCCUGGCUUACACCCUAGAAAUUCCAGGUUAUCCAAUUUGAUUAUGGUGUGAUAUUAUGAAUGUUGCCUAAUAUGAGCAAUGGAGAGGGGAAAGAUAAGUUCUUGAGUGAGAAAGAGAAUCCGCAGGCAAUGAGGAAGAAAAAGAAGUUGGGGGAAGACGAAUUUGCGCAGGCCAUUGCCAAGAAUGUGGUGGCGCAGGUUUGUGAAAGUUUAGGUUUUCAGAGCUUUCAGCAGUCUGCAUUGGAUAAUCUUGCCGAUGUGGCGAUGAGGUAUGUUCGGGAAAUAGGGAAAACUGCGUCUUCUUAUGCAAAUUUAGCUAAUAGGACGCAGUGUAAUGUCUUCGAUGUGAUUCAAGGGUUGGAGCAUUUGGGCUCAGUUCAGGGCUUUUCCGGUGCUUCUGAUGUUAGGCAUUGCCUUACAAGAUCAAGCGUUGUUAAGGAUAUUAUUCGAUAUGUUAGUCUAGCAGAUGAAAUCCCAUUUGUAUAUCCGAUCCCUGCUUUUCCCGUUGUGAAAGAAAAGGUAUUGGACCUUAGAGUUUCUCAGUCAGAGGAAAUCCCCCGUGACGAACAUAUACCUUCCUGGUUGCCCAUGUUUCCAGAUCCUGCUACUUAUGCAGAGUUAAGUUCUGGAAAUGAGAAAGACUCAGAAACAGAGGCGGUUAAGAUUCAGCAGGUUGAACAGCAGAACAGGAGGGCUGAGAGGUCUUUACUGAAUUUGCAGCAGAAAUUUAUGUGUAAUGGAACUGAAGCAGGAGUAGUUGUUGAACAAGGGGAUGCUGCAAAGGCACAACGAGCAGCAGAAAACAAUCCAUUUCUUGCUACUCCUCUUCAAUUCGGGGAAAAGGAGGUAUCUUUGCCCACUCUGCCAGCUAGAAUUAUUGAUGAAUCUAUGGAGUAUGGUUAUCAUCAAAGUCACAAAAUUAUGGAAAACCAAGUCUCAGUUAUGGAGCCAUCUUUGCAAACCAAUGAAGCUGCAAGGAAUGGUCCUUGUGAACCCGAGGACAGGAGAAUGAUUCCUGUAAAUGGGAGGCCCAAUGUACAAUUCAAGUUUGGGAAUGUGAAGAAAUCGUUAAGCAUGGUAACAAACCCUCGAAACAACAGCACGGGGAGAACUUCUCCUUGGUUUGAUGAUGAUCAUGAUGGAGCAUAUGAGAAGAAAGAUAGGGCUGAGAUGAUCCUUUGGGAAAAUACGGAGAAUCCACCAGAAAUGUCUAAUGUGUAACUUAGAAUGUUUGAUUAGAGACUGUAUAAUUCUUUUUGGAGCUAGCAUCCAAUGCUUGCUUCAUGGUAGUCAUAGUCGAGGAGCUAGGUUUUCUCUACACAAGCAUUUUAGAGUUUUAAGUUUCACUGAGUUGUUGAGGGUUAGUUGUCAGUUGUUUUUUGUAUUACUUUAUAUCAUUUGGCCCAAUCAUUAAUCCAUAAUGUUGACCUUAUGUUUA